UGAAACUUCAUGUUUUAAACUUGUUCGGUGGCGGUUGCUACAACAACACAAAUAAAAACCAUUCUUACCUGUAUAUUUUGUUGUUUUUAACCAGUUUAAGUUGAAAUUAGAGUGUUGUCAUCACUGUACAAGGGAAUAGACAUGGCUGAGGCAGAUGAAACAUUUACAUUUGUUGUAGAAUGGUAUGAAGAAAUAGCAGCUAGAAACAGACAGUUUUUAUUGAUUUACCAUGUCAAGAAUAAGGGUGUUGAAAUGUACGAUAUGAAGAAUAGAAAAACAUUUUUGAAAACAUCGUUACGAGAUCAUCCCAUUGACCUUUCUGAUCUUUACAUAGGAAGUACAAUCAAUGUUUUAGGUCGACAAUUAAAGGUGACUGAAUAUGCAGAUGAACAUACCAGAAGUAAACUAUCAUCUCAAAAAGAAAAAACACUUGGUUUAAUCAAGCCUGAUGCAAUGAACAAAAUUGGUCAAAUUCUUGAUCACGUCUAUAGAAAUGGUUUCAUGAUAACUCGACUUAAAAUGUGCAAACUAGAUCGUAACGAAGCUUUUGAAAUGUACCAGGAACACAGAGGGAAACCUUUCUUGAAUGAUUUGUUAGAAUAUGUAACAAGUGGACCGGUGUUAGCGUUUGAAAUUGUUGGUCAAAAUGCCAUAACCAAUUGGAGAAAAACAAUCGGCCCAACUGAUCCAGCCACAGCCAGAAGUGAGGCACCAAAUAGUAUUCGAGCUCAGUAUGGCACAGAUAAAACAAGAAAUGCUUGUCAUGGGUCAGACAGUCUUACAUCUGCUGCGAGAGAAUUAGAAUUUUUCUUCCCUUCGACUGGUCCUAAAAGACGUAACACAGCUCAGUUGUCUGAUUGCACUUGUUGUGUUAUUAAACCUCAUGCUAUAAAAUCAGGUUUGACAGGAAAAAUUAUCAAUGCCAUUUUGGAAGCUGGUUUUGAAAUAUCAGCUUUACAAAUGUAUAAUCUGGAAAAAGCUAAUGCAGAAGAAUUCUAUGAGGUUUAUAAAGGAGUUGUUCAAGAAUACAAUGGAAUGGUAGCAGAAUUAACUUCUGGGCCUUGUAUUGCCUUAGAAAUCCGAGCUCAAGAUGCAGCCAAAUCAUUUAGAGAAAUGGCUGGACCAGCGGAUCCAGAAAUUGCUCGUCAUCUAAGACCUAGAACACUUCGUGCUUUAUUUGGAUCAGAUAAUAUCAGGAAUGCUGUUCAUUGUACAGAUUUACCGGAAGAUGGCAGCAUGGAGGUGGAGUACUUCUUCAAGAUAUUAGAGCAGUAAAAUAUUUUCAUCAUCUGUACCUUCUUACAAUACAGCAUUGUUAUUUUAUACUUAUAUACAUAAGUCAAUUUUUAUAUGUAAAUAAUACUAUUUAUUAUAUAUAAUGUAAAAUAAUGUCUUAGUAAUAUUAUUUGGUAAUUGUUUUAUAUGUAAUAUAGACCAGUGAUAAUAAAUGAAAUAUGAAAUAAUAAAAAUUUUCUGUAGGUCUGAGUCACAAACGGUAUAUUACAUUUACAUAUUAGUUAGGAAUAUCUAGAUAUAUUUUAUUGAAAGAUGGUCACACCCACAUCAGAGCUAUGUCUCAGCAGCAGUUUAUCCAUGAGGACAGCUUGGAUGUUUACCAAUUUUAUAGGGAUCUAGGAUCCUGCAGGUAACGGACAGACUGGACCAAGGUUAAGGAAUUAAGCUUUAUGAAAUUUUUAGUUUUCAUGUGGGGUGGGCCACAGCUCCCAAAAUACCUUGCUGUGUACGUGCUAGCAUAACCAUGUCUAUAUUUACCAGCUGAAGUUACACUGAUUAUUAUUUAUAAUUCACUGGUGAAUUGCUUUAAUUGGGUGAUUACUGUAACUUGGUCUUCACAAGAGCUGCACAUUCUGCUCGUGUCAAUCUAGGUUGUUUGACGUUUCUGAUCGGCAGAUCAGUUAAUUUUAACUUUUUACAAACUACAAUAUUCCGAAAGCGGGUAAAUUCCGUUCUGUAUUUACACAGAGAUGAUGAAUUGAAAACAUCAACAUUCUGCCAAUUAUAAUCAAUGAAUACAAUUUAGCAUGAUUUUAAUCGCGAAAAUAAUUAACGAAAAUUGCAAAUGACGAUCAGCGGCUUUGUCUGAAAAGGCAGACCUGUCAUGGAGGAUAGCUCUUUACUCCAUCAAACCUCAAUCAUUUCAAAUGGAGGAGCCUUAUGCUUUUUACAAGUGUGACUGUAACCGGUUGGUCAGUAAUGAACGAGAUGAGACGAUCAUCUCCAUCACGUGCCUUUACAAACCUAAGUCAAAUUUGUUUCUGUGAAAAGAAUUAUUAAAGAUACAUAGGUAGUUAAAGUGUUACCUCAGAUAUGAUCCGGAAACGAAACCGAGACGGAGCCCAUUUCAAUAUCCCCCCCCCCCCCUUUAACUUCACGGGAUGAAUGAAAUGGGGUGGAUUUACGUCCUACUUUUCUGCUCCGACUAGGCUAAUGUAGACGGGCAUAAUAAUAAUAAUAAUGCUUUAUUCAGAAAUAAGAUCAUAUGAUCCAUAAAAACAAAAUACAUAUAUUUCAAUAUACAUAUAAGUCGAAACUAUUUACAUAAUUGUAAACAUUAAAAAUUGAAUGUAGCUUAUGUAAAUAUUUUAUUUAUUUGAUAAAAGUACUUUUUACAUUGUC